AUGCAAAAAGUCAAGGAAUUUAUGAGCGAAAUUUUUGCCUCGAAAUAUUAUUUUUCUCCUUACAACUUUACAUGUAUUUUAUGCAAGCAGCCAAUUGUAUUAAACGCGACCGUAGAAUGUGGCCACACUUUUUGUGAAGUCUGUAUCACUGAGCACUUACUUGAAAAUGACGUAAAUUUUAUUUAGAAUUGCCCAAUUUGUAAUAGAAAUAUCAAAAAAACUGAUUUUUACCCAAACUUGAUGCUAGAUGAAAUUAUUGUAUCUUUAAUAGACAAAAAUGAAAUUUUUAAAUAUUUAUCAAGGAAAAAGUUUUGGAUGGAAAUAAAGGAAAAUUCAAAAGUAAUGGAAAAUGUUAAAGUGGGGGAAAAGAUUGAUAUUAAAGAUGAGGAGGGAAUAUGGAGGAAAGGAGUGGUUAAACUUGUGGUUGGUGGAGAGGGGUACUCAGACUUGUAUGUACACUAUGAAGGAUGGGAAAAUCAACAUGACGAAUUUUUACCAAAUUAUUCAAAUAGAUUGGCGAUUGCUGGGUUUUAUACAAAAAAUUAA